AUGCGAUGUGCAAGCAUAUGCGAUCUGCAACCAUAUAUGAUCUGCAAGCGUAUGCGCUCUGCAAGCAUAUGCGAUGUGCAAGCAUAUGCGCUCUGCAAGCAUAUGCGCUCUGCAAGCAUAUGCGAUGUGCAAGCAUAUGCGAUCUGCAACCAUAUGCGACCUGCAAGCAUAUGCGCUCUGCAAGCAUAUGGGAUGUGCAAGCGUAUGCGAUCUACAAGCAUA